CCUCUAACGGCCGUCCGUAGAAGACUUCGGUCCGAUACACGGGCGCCAGUUCGAAGCGAGAGUCCGUACGUACGAGAGAGGACUUUUCUCGUUCAUUGUUAAAACACUUCUGUCUGUUGCGUGUUUUCUCCUUUCUUAUUUCUUUUCCUUCUUCUCUUCCUCCUCCUCAUCCUCAUCCUCUUCUUCUUCUUCUUCUUCUUCUUCUUCUUCUUCUUCUUCUGUUUUUUCUACUUAGUGCAUUUCGUUCUUCUGCCCUCUUUUUUUCUUUCUCUCUCUCUCUACACUUUUUACGAGUAUAUAAAACGUAUCUCUCACUUGGCCGCAACGAAGUGAAUUCCAUUCUAAAAAUAAACUAAUAAUUUAUUUCUGACAUCAAAAAAAAGACAAAAGUAGAAAUAAUAAUAACAAUAAUAAUAAAAAUUUGCUGUAAUCAUUUAAUCGGCCGUGAAAAACGAUCGAGGUAAUUAAAAAGCGUUCGUUUCGAUUGAUUUACGAUCGAUAAGGGUUGUGACAGAUGAAGAUAAAGAGAAAUGUAGAGAGAGAGAGAGAGAGAGAGAAAGAGCAUGAGUCGUUUUGAUUAGUACGCGAAUGUAGAGUGAUAAAAGGAGAGAGAGAAAAGAGAAAGAGAGAGACAGAAAAAAGAAGAAGAAGAAGAAGAAGAAGAAGAAGAACAAGAAGGUGCACGACGAAGAAGAGGGAAAAAUCACGAUCGAUAAGGACGCGUGAACGAUCGAUGAGCAACGCAACAGGUUUCGCGAAUCCUCCCCCCUUUACUACUCGUCUUCGUCUAAGUAUUCGUCUUCGUCUUCGUGUCUUCGCUUCGUGCUUCGUCUUCGUCGUCGGUUAUCUUCGCCUAACCACGUGAUCACAGGGUAGAGACUUCGUAACGAAAGGGUAUAUAUAUAUAUAUAUAUCUCGCACACGCGCACCACACGAUGGGAUAGAAGGAAGAUACGUAUCCUCGUUCGUGAAUAACGUUGGAGAACUUUGGAUCGGAUCGGAUCGGAUCGGAUCGGAUCGGAUCGGAUGAGUCCGGACCUUUCGACGAUGUUUCAACGAGAAAGAGAAGAUCGAUGCGGAAGCGGUGUUGUGCCUGAUCGAAGCAGAGAGGGGCUUCGUGAAAGAUAGAGAGAGAGAGAGAGAGAGAGAGAGAGAGAGAGAGAGAGAGAGAGAGAGAGAGAGAGAGAGAGAAGAAAAGAAAAGAAGAGAAGAGAAAAGAAGAGAUUAAAAAAAAACGAGAGAGAUAGAGAUAGAGAGGAGGAAAGAGGGAAAAACAAGUACGACAGGAUGUUGCAGAGUUGCAACGGGAGCACGUCGCGACGUGCCAGACGAGUCCUCGUAUUCGUUUUCGCUUGGAGUCUCCUCAUGAUAGCGGCCGUACAAUUUCGUCAUGCCGAAAACAGUGCACUUCGUAACGGUCGUAAUACCGAGGAGAAUAAUGCAGUUGGUGACGUAGUCAUCGACGAUAAUUAUAUUCGUCGGGAGGCCGGUAUCGUGAGAACGGGAACCGAUGAUAAAAUACCAGGUGGUUCGUCGAGUCUCGGUCUGUCUCGUUAUCUUUUGCAAAGAUCGAAAGAUCCUGAGACUGGUUUUGGUAAUGUAGUCGGUGGCGGCGGUGGAUCGAUUCUUCCAACGACUACGAUUGUAGGUAACAAAAAUAGUAAUGAAAAUUCAGUAACGAGAAAUCCUUUGGAUUUGGAGCCAUUGUUGGAUAAAAGACCAGCGAAAACCGAGGAAGAAUUGAUCGAAGAAAUCGAGGAAAGAUUACCUAGCCUUCCUCUCGCUUAUUGGAGCAAAAAUAACAGGUUUAACGGUCAACAAAACAAAAUAUCUAAGAAGGGUAACGAGAGCUGUGCUAAUUUCAAGUUUCCCUCGAUCUACGAUCUAGAAUUUAAUAACGUCUACUGGCAAACGUUGAGGACAAGCAACGGUACUUUCCAGUUCUUCGGUGCGUUUUAUGAUAAACGUAGGCUUUCGAGGAUCGGUCCUGCUAUAAGGAUCGUUGGUAUGAUCGAUAGGAUCGAGCCUAAGGUUAAAACUUAUUGUCAGAUGUGGUACGACGGUGACAAAAGUCCAAUCGUGGUCGAGUAUCUCGAAUACAAAUACAUUUGGUAUUCGAAAUGGGGCAAUUACAAACAGGGAAUAUAUCAGCCAUACGUUAUAGCUUGCAAGGUGCCGCAAUCACAUUGGUCCAAGGGCCCACCAGCGUCCGUUUCUAUGGUCGAAAAGCCAUGCGACACGCCGACUAACAAUCUCCGGGUUAUUUACAAUAAACCAAAACGUAAAAAGGACUUUGCUGUUUGCGUCAAGGGCCUGGAUUUUCUUCACGAAGAUCUUUCCGUAAGAUUGGUCGAAUGGAUCGAACUGAUAACCCUUCUUGGGGCCGACAAAAUAUUUUUUUACGAACUUCAAGUUCAUCCAAACAUAACGAAAGUUUUGAAUUAUUAUCAAAGACUCGGUAAGGUCCACGUAACACCUUUGACAUUACCCGGUGGACAACCUAAUGUUCCCUCUUUUCAACAUAUGUAUCUAACGAAAAAAACUAAUCACAAGAGACAAAACGAGCUGAUACCGUACAAUGAUUGUCUCUACAAACAUAUGUACGAAUACGAGUACAUAGCACUGUUAGAUGUCGAUGAAGUGAUCAUGCCAGUGAAGGACGCUACCUGGCAGGACCUUAUGAAGAGGGUCUUACCUAAGGCCUUCAAAAUACGAAACGAGACACGCGCCUCUUACAAUGUGAGAAACGUCUACUUCCUCGACGACCUGCUGCAGCCCCAUGGCCAUUUCAAGGACAUACCCAGGUACAUGCAUAUGCUGCAGCACGUAUACCGUUCGAAGAACUUCACUAAACCAAACCAGUACAUCAAGUGCUUCCAUAAUCCUGAACGGGUCGUCACUUUGCACAAUCACUUCCCUUUGGCUUGCCUUGGGGCCGGAUGUACGAGUUAUCCGAUCGAGACAGAAGAUGCUCAGCUACAGCAUUAUCGUGCCGAUUGUGUGAAGUCUUUAAAGAAGACUUGCGUUGAAUAUCGCGAGAACAGCAUCUUAGACACGACGAUUUGGCGAUACAAGGAUCAGCUUGUGGAACGAGUUACCAGAACACUUCAAAUUCUUGGCUUUUUUGGUCCAAGCUAGCGUCACGUUUUAGUUUCGCUAAGAACUCUGACAGAGUUUUACAUUAAUUAUUUUUUUUUCUUUUUUUUUUUUAAUUCCUCCAACCUUCUCUCUUUGACGUGUUCGUUGCUUUAAAGAGAUCGGUGAAUUUCGACGAUUAUCCUUUUCGUAGGAUUAAAAAUGUCGAAUCAAUCAAGGUCAUUUUAAAAACGUUAAAUCCCAAUCGUUUAUGAAAUGAAUUAAUUAUUCGCCUGAUCCUUAAGUCACGAAUCGAUGAAAUUUUAGUUGUCGAUUUCUUGAUAGAAAUAUUAUAUCGAGAAUUUAUUAUUACGAUAUUCUACCACGUAACAUUGUCAAUUUAUAAUUUUUAUUUCUACGUAUGUAGACGUAUGUAUAUUUAACUCGCAAAUUCAAAUCGAACAGAAGUGUGUGUAUGUAUGUAUGUAUGUAUAUACAUAUACAUAUAUAUAUAUGUAUAUGUAUAUGUAUAUGUAUAUGUAUAUAUAUGCAUCAUUAUGUUAGCUUCAUAAGAUUUGUAUUCUCAAUGCGUUCGUCGAAUCUUUCUCACAUUUUGGUAGUCUAAUGAAGCAACAUCCUGCUUCAUUCCUUCAAAAAUAUUUUUUAUUUUUCUAACUUCCUAUGUGAUAACGAUUUAAUUACAGUAUAUUCUGUAUCUCUUUAUCUCUUUCUUCCACGUCACUAUGUCUACUUUUCCUUCAUGGUGAACCUCGAUCGCUUUCUUUAUAGAAUAGAAUAGGAUUGACUAUACAAUUAUAUUCCAUACUAAACGAAACGCUGAUUUAUGCGUUUUAUGCUCGAAUACGAGUUAAGAGAAGGCGAUUCAUGUAUACACCAUGAUCCGAUAAUUAAUGUAAACAAUAUUAGAUUAGAAAGCUCGUUUAUAGAUAUAAAUAGUCUUUUGUCUAACUUGUAAUAAUUUACUCGCAUCCUUUACGCUUAAUCUACGAUUUUCGAGUGUGUCUAUUACGAAAAAGUAUCCUUAAAAAGGACAACUCUGUCCUCGUUUCUUAUCAUCUCUUUUUAAUGAAAAUUUCAUUACUCGCUAUAUAAAGAAAAUCAUAAAAAAAUAUGUGAUAAUAACAAUAAUGAUAAUGAUGAUAAUAUAGCGAAAAAAAAAAAGGAAUGAAAUAAAUAUUUUCUCACGAAACUUUGAAAGUAUAUAUUAAUUAGAAAACUAAUGUAUCUUUUUUCAUUGAAUUUCGUGCCUUUUUAAAGAAAAUGUCAAAGUAUACUAUUGCGAGCUUAGAUUGCUCGUUUCAACGAUGUUUCCUAUCUGUAUAUAACUGACUAUAUACUUAAUGAAGAAGUCACAUUCAUCGUAAAUAAAUAAAUAAAUAAAUAAAUAAA